GGUGGGUUUGAUCUAAAAAUUCGAUUUUUCUAGAUUUUCUUUUAAUUUUGCGGUGUUUUUGAAAUGGUCUAUUUCCAUAGCUCAAUCUCUCUUUGUAAGUCAGUUGAUCAACCACCAAAUCCACCCAUGGCGAAUUCGAUUGAUUUCGGUUCGAAAUCUAGGCAAAGCAAUAACUUUCAAAGGAAUCGGAGGAAUUAUAAUAGUUCAUCAUCGAUUUCUCUUCAGAUUCCACCUUGUGAUCGAUCUAGAUCAGCUAUAGUUGAUGUUGUUAUCUUCGUUGCUGUUGUUUUAUCUUGUGGCUAUUUGUUCUUCCCUUACAUAGAAUUUUUAGUGGUUAAUUCAAUUCAGAUUACAAGCAUGGUGUUGUUGUUGAUUAAGGAAGAGUUUUUGAUUGCGCCUUCGAUUUAUAUAUCUAUAGGAUUGAGUGUUGCUUGUGCUGUGUUUGCUACUUGGGGUGUUGUUGUUUGCACAACUAACAAAUGCGGUAAUCGAAAUUGUAAGGGUUUGAAGAAAGCUGCAGAGUUUGAUAUUCAAUUAGAGACUGAAGAUUGUGUGAAGAAUUCGCCUUCUUUUGCGAAAGAUAUCGGUGUUUGUAAGAAGGGUUUAUUCGAAUUGCCCCGCGAUCAUCAUAAGGAACUUGAAGCAGAACUCAAGAAGAUGGCGCCGAUUAAUGGAAGAGCUGUGCUUGUGCUGAGAGCUAGGUGUGGUUGUUCUGUUGGUAGGUUAGAAGUUCCGGGACCGAAGAAACAUCGAAAGAUCAAGAAGUAGGCGCAAGAACGGCUAUCCUUUUGAUUUAUAGGGAGGAGAAGGAUUGAAGAAAUGGAUAAUUGAAUUCGAUAUAGAAUCUGUAAUCUGUCUGGAUCUGAUUUUCUCAUUCUAUGAGGAAUUUGGAUGUUUUUAAAUAAGCCAUUUGGUAAUAAGUUGUAAGGAACUAUGUUUCAUACAAAUUUAGUUGGUUAUAUACUUGAGAAUAUACAUAAAAACGUUAAUUUGAAUUUA